UUCCCACAAUUUGAUAAGGCUGCCAGGGGGAAAGAUCCCGUGGGUUGUCCCUGGGUUCUCCACGUAUUUCCUUUGACUCUCAGACAAUGAAUAUUUAGUUUAGGGAGUCACAUGUUCAAAAUACAUUGCCGUAUCGUUUCCUUAAACGCACCUCUCAGAAGUGGGGGCAGAUUUGGCAAAGUAAUGUUGCAAACGUCUCUCUGAUUGUGGUCCUUGGAUAUUGAAUUUCAGAUCCUGCUUUUAAUCUGCUCAAACGAGAGAGAGAGACAUAAACUCCCUCCUCCGAAGAGUUACAAUGUUUUUCUGCAGGAUUGUCCCUCAACUUUAAUAUGAUUGAAACGUGAAGUCACGACUGCUUCUCCGAAAUGUUUCGUUUUAUUUCCCCUUCUCCCCCCAACGCUUUGAUCGGAACGGUAGCUGGGGCAACUUAUUUGCAAAAAGAAAUGUGCUGGAGUAACGUCUUGAUUUGCUGACGAGCAGCGUUUCUAACAUGGCGUCUGUGGUCAAGGAGCCGCCUGAGAUGGUGACGCAGAAAGGGGCCACGAAACCACAACCCAAGCCGCCCUUGAAACCGAAGCCCCCCGUGCUGGCCCACAGGGCUGUGAAGCAGAAUGGAGCUCACCUUGCCUCUGCCAUUCUAGAACCUUCCACCGGGCCUGAUGGCUGGCAGAGUGGCACCGAGGUGCGGGUGAACAGCCCCCCGGCCCCUGCCGGGCGGAGAACCUCGGAUGAAGCGGGAGCCGGAGAUGUCCUCUCCAGCUCCGGAAAUGUCCGGAAGAUGCGGGAGUUGUUCGACAAGGCUUCGGGCCUGUUGGAGACCGAGGAGGCAGCAGCCAAGGAGAUGCAGGUUCGGGCGCCUGUGCAGCCAGAACCCGCGCUGGAGGUCCCUGAGGUAACCAGGCCGGUGCCCAAGGCCCGGAAGAGGCCCCUGGCGAAGGGGGCAGCCGUGACCGAUGACUCAGUGAGCCGUGGCGGUGGGGGUCAGGUGCCACUAGUACCCAGGCAGGCUCCAGCUGACCUGCAUCCGAGUCAGGAAACUUUGCAAGGACUCGAGACGGAGACAGACAUGGGGCUGCUGGCAGCCGGAGAGAUAGCGGACGUGUGGCAGUGCCCGUCUGGCUGCCCGUGCAUGUGCCACCUCAAAAGGCCCGGGAUGGUGCUGGUCUGGAAAUCGCUGCUGGGCGGCCAAGACGAGACCGACGGUUCGGAUCACUCCGGCUCGGAUUCCUCGGGGAACGGGCCUUUCCGCUUUGUCCUGCGCAUCACCGACGCGGAGGUGAAGGAGGAAGCCACCUCCCUGGAGACGGCAGCCAUUUUGGGAAAUGGCAGCAACAGCGGCUUCUCCCUCCACCCCGAGUCAGAGGCCAUCUCUAAGGAGGACGGGCCGCCCCUCCGGCCGCCAGCUAGGCCCAACCCAGUCAACGCUGUGCCCAAACCCCCACGUAGGAACAAACCUGCGGCCCCUGCCGAGACUGCGCGGUUACCUCACCGGAGGCUGGCUGUCCUCAAGCAGCGGUACACAGCGUCUGACCUGGAUAAGAUCUCCAAGUGUGUGGGCGAACUGAACCUCCACAUCCAGAAGCGCCAGCUCCCCCCAACCGGUGACCAGCACUUCCCUGUGGCGGAGGGGACUGCCUCCCACCAGCCCGCGCCGGCCUGCGGCCUACCGAUGCCCCCCAGCCCCAAGGUGACGCGUUCCGCACCCCCCAGCCCCAAGGACAAGCACCAGCCCGUGGUUUACGACGAGGUUUACGACGUAGGUCUCGAUGAUGCUUCAAGAGACGAUGAUUAUGAGGUCCACCUGGAGAUUGUUGAGAGCAGCCCUGUGAAGAACGGCGGUCAAAACACAACGAACUGGGAAUCCCAAUUUGAAAGCGAGCCCCUGUACCAAACGUACCGGGAGACGGUGAUCAAAAAGGAAAUUAAGCGACAGACUCUGAUGCGAGACUCCAGCAAGACCAGCGACGAUUACACGUACGAGAGCAUACCCCUCGCCCCGGACAGCGACUCGGCUCCCCUCCACGCCCCGGGCCUGCAGCCUCCUGGGAGUUCCCUGUGGCAGAAUUUGAAUGCGGUGCGGGAGAGUGGGAUUCUGAACGAGCUGAGCCAGAGGGAAUGCCGGCUCCAAGAGAGUAUGUUUGAGGUCCUCACAUCUGAGGCCUCCUACCUCCGCAGUCUGAAUGUCCUCAUUGAGCACUUCAUGAACAGCAGGGACCUGAACGAGACCAUCAUCUUGCGAGACAAAAAGACUCUCUUUUCAUGUAUUACCCGGGUGAAAGAAGUCAGCGAAAGUUUCCUGAAGGAUCUUGAAGAGCGGAUGGAUGAGAAUAUAAAGAUAACUGACGUCUGCGACAUUAUUUAUUUUCACGCCCAGCACAAUUUCCAGGUGUACGUGGACUACGUACGAAACCAGCUUUAUCAGGAACAGAAGUACAGCCAACUGAUGGAGGAAAGCGCACAGUUCGCAGCCGUCGUUGUCCGUCUCCAGGAGCAGCCGAGGUGCCAGAGGCUCCCCCUCAUGUCCUUCCUGCUGCUGCCUUUCCAGCGAAUCACACGCAUCAAGAUGCUGAUUGAGAAUAUACUCCAAAGAUCUGAAGUCGGGUCCGUCAAUGAGGAAACUGCCUCUAAAGCAUUGGGCCUCGUUUCCAAGAUCAUUGAAGAAUGUAACCGGGAAGUUGGGAUAAUGAAGCAAAUGGAGGAAAUGAUCCACAUCGGAAAGAAACUGGAAUUUGACAAGCUGAAGGCUAUCCCCAUCAUCUCUCAGCUCCGCCAUCUUGAGAAGCAAGGGGAAUUGUGGGAGAUUGGCUCGAGGGGGAACCUGUUUGCAAUGAAACCCAAGCUCACGCCUCUCUACCUCUUCCUCUUCAACGACCUUCUGCUCAUCACCACGAAGAAAAGCGGUGACCGGUACCAGGUGAUGGACCAUGCCCAUCGCUCGCUUGUGGAGGUCCAGGAUUGCCCGGGAGCUGGGUUGGCCAACUGCUUCAGGCUCGUCCUGCUGGAGAACCACCAGGGCAAACAGUGUGACCGUCUGCUGAAGACUUCGACAGACUCGGACCUGCACCGCUGGAUGGAUGCGUUAACGUCCGGCAAACAGAACCUUCUGGAAGAUUCCGACGACGACAAAAUCUAUGAACGUUGGGACUGUCCCCAGGUGCAGUGUCUGGUCACCUACACGGCCCAGCAGGGAGAUGAACUGAGCCUGGAGCCGGCCGACAUCAUCAAUGUCACCAGGAAAUCAGCAGAGGGUUGGUAUGAAGGUUGCAAGCUGUCGACUGGGCAGAAAGGCUGGUUCCCGAGCGCGAGUGUGCAGGAGAUCACCAACGAACACGUGCGCAGGCGAAACCUGAGGGAACGCUACCGCCUCAUGCAGGCAGCGCAGCAUCAAAUCCAGGGAGCCAACAAGGUGAACACCACCUCCGUCUGAAAGGCCGGGACGGUGCCGCAGUGGGGCAGGGGCCUCAGAGUGAGUGGCACCCUCGCUCCGGCCUAGCAGAGGCCUGUUGGCAGGCUCCAAUCCACUGAGUGUAGCCGUGGCAACCAGGAAAUGGGACGGUGCUGGUCUUUCUGGACUGCUUGUGUGGUGGGGGGGGGAAAGGGGACAAACACUAUCUGUAAAUUCACCUCUAUUUGUUCUUGGCCCCCUCGCAACCCGUUUUGCCACUUCUGAUGAUGUCAUGCCCAUUUGGUUACUUUUAACUUGGAACUGAGAUGAGGGCCGAAGCCUCGAUUCAUGCAGAGCAAGGUCCCGUAGCCGCUGGUGGUGAGGGUUGGUGUGCGAAGUCUCUCUCUCUCUCACUCUCACUGGUGGCCAUGUUUGGAAGCAGUGAAAAAUGUGGACAGCGAACCCCGUUUGGAAUGAAAGGUUUCCUCCAAGAGCUGAGGGGACGACGCAGUCAACACGGGAAGCGGGUGCAGGGAAUGGGGGGUGGGGUGGCAAAGAAGCAUGGGAUUGCACUGUCCCAGAAUGUCUCUUGACACAUGGCAUUGAGAUUGCUGUGUGUGUGUCACGGGUGCCUGUGCUGUUCACUCACUCGUGUUUUAUAUAUCUUGUUGUUAAGAAAGGCAUUUGGCAGUAAAUAUGCUCUGAACCCCAGCAGUUGGAAGACUUAGCAACAGAAUUGUACAUUAAAUAAGCCAUUGCUUGCUCUCUCCUUCUGCCCAUGACGACGACAGACUUGGAACUCUGUUUGGGGACUUAUCUGUACUCAGCGU